UCGAGAAAAUGUGAAUGUGCUGUGCGUGAUUACGUCCAAUAAACGUAGUCAUCAUACUUUGACAGGCUAAAUACGUAGAUAGCUAGACUUACUACCCUGCUUUUUGUGAAGGAGGAAAACAGACGGUGAGACAUUUGAACAACCACCAAUAAGCGUAAUGCUACAGCAGCAACAUUAGCAGAUAUUACAUACUUCCUAAGGAUGGCUAGCUGCGGUGAGGUUGACCACUCUGUGAGCUCGCUCCCAUCCAGUAAGAAGGGGAGUGGUGACUCUGCCUGCUCUGGUUCCAGUGGCUCAUCACCUGCCCUACCUGUCCCAGAGUGUGCUAUCUGCCUGCAGAGCUGUGUCCACCCUGUCCAGCUACCCUGCCGCCACGUCUUCUGCUUCCUGUGUGUGAAAGGGGCGUCCUGGCAGAGCAAGCGCUGUGCUCUCUGUAGACAGGAGGUUCCCGAGGACUUCCUGGAGCACCCCACUCUGCUGUCCCCUGAGGAGCUGAAGGCCGGAGGGCGGGGUGCCACAGGGGACAACGCCUGGUACUAUGAGGGGAGGAACGGCUGGUGGCAGUAUGACGAGAGGACCAGCCGUGAGCUGGAGGACGCUUUCUCCAAGGGCAAGAAGACAGCUGAGAUGCUGAUUGCCGGGUUCCUGUACGUGGCCGACCUGGAGAACAUGGUGCAGUACCGGCGCAAUGAGCACGGCCGCCGCCGCAAGAUAAAACGGGACGUUGUGGACAUCCCCAAGAAAGGGGUGGCAGGCCUCCGUCUAGACACAGAGGGCGGGGCGCAGGGGUCCGCUGCGGCAGGGAGAGGGAUCUCUGCAGACGGGGCUGAUACUUUAGCAGCCCCAGUGCAGCAGGCUGCAGCAGCUCCAGCUGCUUCCACAGUCCUGUCUGCUCCUGCCAGGCCUCCCACCUCUCUGGGGGGCCAGCCCGGCAGCCCCACCAAUCCCUCCCUGGAGGACGCCCUGGCCCAGCUCCACAUCAGCCCCACAGAUGCCCCGGAGAGGGCUGAGGUUGGGGAGGGAGAGGAGGAGGGGGAAGAGGAGGCCACCGCCACACCCUCCAUGUCCUCUGGUCCUAACACCUCUGUGGAUGGGUCUGGGGACUGGAGCGACGAUGAGGGGGACGGGGAGGCAGUGGAGCCCCGGGAGCAGAGACUGCGUUUGGGGGAGAGCCCGGAGGACAGGUCCCCCCCUGGGGCUGAGGCCUCCAGCAGCAGUGUGAGGUCGAGAAGGCCUGACGGCCAGUGUACUGAAGUGUGAGCUCAACUCAUCAUGAACUUCUGCACUGGAGCUAACAUUCUCGGCUAACAUAUGACUCUGAAACAGAUCCAAACCAACCCCCGCAUACAACUGUCUCAAGGCAAGGAGACGCUCCCAUUAUAUUAGACUUUCAAGAUUAAAAUGACCCCCCUGAAAAUUAGUUCUGGUCCAAAUUUACUGGUGGGCCUUGGGAGCAAAGUCUUUCCCCUAUACAACUUGUUAAUUGAGCGUUGAAUUGUUGUUUCGUGUAAGUUGUUGGGACGUUGUUUGAACGUCCCCAUGCCUCCAGACAGUGUGUGUGAUGCAGCCGUGAUGAAAGAUGGAGACUUGUUGUUUUUAUCAGAGACACAAAAAUGCAUUUAACUGAAUCGGGUAGCUGCCUCUUAUCAGCUAAUCAACAGUUGUUUUGAUCAGAUCAGUGGUUCAGUGUGUUCCUCUCUCUGCAGCAGCUCCGUGUGUUGAGCUCUAGGCAGCUCCAAAGUGAUUAACACCAUGCUCCAUGACCUCACUGAUCAUAGCCCUAAGUCAGUCGACUGCAUUUUCAUUUGUGUUUCAAAAGCGAAGCAUGGUCUUAGUGUUCAGUUGCUGAUUUUUCAUCUGAAAUGCUAGUCUGUUUCAUAACGUGUGCAUGUGUUUUUAAGAGAAGGGUUGGGUUCUUAAACACUACUGGUGAAGAGGAGGACUGAUUUUUAGAUUUUGAGUUUGAUUAACUAUUUGUUUUUUCUUUGUUUUCCUCUGGUUGUAAAUUAUAUUGUGUGAUUACUAAGACGGUAAGUGAAGAGCAACGGUUUCUAUGUGGCUGGGCUGUCUCCUGCAAAACAUUUGAAGUUUUAAAUUGUAUUGUUUUUAUAUUUCUUACCCGCUGACUGUCAUUGUCAUCUGUCCAGCUCAAUUUCACUCUCAUUAAAAUAACUGUUUACUUUCUGUAAUCAUUUUUGUUCGUAAUCUUUUGUUACAUGGUUUGUAAUUUAAAUAAAAUGUGUCUAUUCAUCAAAA